AUGAGUGGAGUAUCAAAUAAAACAUUAUCAACCGGUAGUUGGUAUGGCAUGCCGAUCCAUUUACUAAGGGAAGACUGCGACUUUACCCAGUUUAUGAUUCUAACCAUCAACGAAUCCAAAAGAGACGUACAUGAUUACUUCAUAAAUACCCCAUGGUACAACAUGGUGAAAGAUUAUUUGUUUGUCGUCUUUUGCUACAGGCUUCUAAGUAACUUUCUUUACUUAUUGAAGGUUUAUGGGCCGGUGAGGUUAGCGGUGAGGACAUACGAGCAUACUUCUAGAAAAUUAUUCCGUUGGUUGUUAGAUUCACCGUUUUUGAAGGGUACCGUAGAAAAGGAAGUCUCGAAGGUGAAACAAUCAAUCGAAGACGAACUAAUUAGAUCAGACUCACAGCUAAUGAAUUUCCCGCGGUUACCAUCCAAUGGGAUACCUCAGGAUGAUGUUAUUGAAGAGCUUAACAAAUUGAAUGACUUAAUACCACAUACUCAAUGGAAAGAAGGCAAGGUCUCUGGUGCCGUUUACCAUGGUGGCGACGAUUUAAUCCAUUUACAAACAAUCGCAUAUGAAAAAUACUGCGUUGCCAAUCAAUUACAUCCUGAUGUCUUUCCUGCCGUACGUAAAAUGGAAUCCGAAGUUGUUUCGAUGGUUUUGAGAAUGUUUAAUGCCCCUUCUGAUACAGGUUGUGGUACCACGACUUCAGGUGGUACGGAGUCUUUGCUUUUAGCAUGCCUAAGCGCUAAAAUGUACGCUCUUCAUCAUCGUGGCAUUACUGAACCUGAAAUUAUUGCUCCCGUAACUGCACAUGCUGGGUUUGACAAAGCUGCCUAUUACUUUGGCAUGAAGCUACGCCAUGUGGAGUUGGAUCCAACAACGUACCAAGCGGACUUGAAAAAAGUAAAAAAAUUCAUUAAUAAGAACACGGUUUUACUGGUUGGUUCCGCUCCAAACUUCCCUCAUGGCAUUGCCGAUGACAUUGAAGGUUUGGGUAAAAUAGCGCAGAAAUAUAAACUUCCUUUGCACGUCGACAGUUGCCUAGGUUCCUUUAUUGUUUCAUUCAUGGAAAAGGCUGGUUACAAGAACCUACCAUUACUCGAUUUUAGAGUCCCGGGCGUCACCUCAAUAUCAUGUGACACUCAUAAGUAUGGAUUUGCACCAAAAGGUUCGUCGGUUAUAAUGUAUAGAAACAGUGACUUACGAAUGCAUCAAUAUUACGUAAAUCCAGCUUGGACUGGUGGGUUGUAUGGCUCUCCCACAUUAGCAGGGUCGAGGCCAGGUGCUAUUGUCGUAGGUUGUUGGGCAACUAUGGUCAACAUGGGUGAAAAUGGGUACAUUGAAUCGUGCCGAGAAAUAGUCGGUGCAGCAAUGAAAUUCAAGGAAUUCAUUCAGGAAAGCAUUCCGGACUUGAAUAUUAUGGGUGACCCUAGAUAUUCAGUCAUUUCUUUUUCCUCUAAGACCUUGAACAUACACGAACUAUCGGACAGACUAGCCAAGAAAGGCUGGCAUUUCAAUGCCUUACAAAAACCGAUCGCACUACACAUGGCCUUCACAAGGUUGAGCGCUAAUGUUGUGGACGAGAUCUGCGACAUUCUACGUACUACCGUACAAGAGUUAAAAAGUGAAUCAAACUCUAAGCCAUCCCCGGACGGAACAAGCGCUCUAUAUGGUGUCGCCGGGAGCGUUAAAACUGCUGGUGUUGCAGACAAAUUGAUUGUGGGAUUCCUAGAUGCAUUAUAUAAGUUGGGUCCAGGAGAAGAAACCGUCACCAAGUAG